AAGAAACAUUUACUGAUAAAAAGGAUGCCUCAGUGUGAUUCUUCAGAAAUGAACUCGCUGCGAAAAGCAAAUUUCUUUUGGGCUUUUUCUGUUAUUGGGGUGUUUUUAGCCGAGUCUGCUUGCCCUGUCGGCUUUGAUCUUGUUAAUCUGAAAUGUAUUGCGAUCACCAGUCAUUUAUUGUCUCAACACAAAGCUGAAACAACAUGCAAGGAUAUGAAUGCCCAUUUGAUAUUUAUCCAGACAGCAAUUGACAACACCGCCGUAUUGAAUUACGCAUCAAAUAUUACUUCUCCCAUGUGGAUUGGUGCCACCUGCAAAGUCAGCGAAGAACCAACAAAAUGCAUGUGGGAUGAUGGAUCUUAUUUGAGUUACAGUAACUUUUUGCCAGGGUAUCCAGUAACUAACAUCGGUACUUGUGUCUAUUUAGAUUCACCUAACCAGCCCUUGAAAGGAAGAUGGAUCAGUGCCACGUGUGAUUUGGCAGAGUAUCAUGCUAUUUGUGAAGUAAAUAAAUAAUGUUUUAUGUAGUUUAUUAGUAUAAGUUGUUUUGUUUUAUUUAAAACAAAAUUCUUGAUUUAAUUAAACCAAAUCCUAAAAUUUAACCUGAACUGAUUAGACUAAUUGAAUGAAAAGACAAUGU